GUGAGGAUGUGGCUCGCGCGCUCCCAGUUGUGUGUGCGUGUAUAGUGUAGUGCGCAUAUGGUGUCCUAAAUUCCCCCGUGUAUAUCAUAUACCUUUUUUCCCCCUCACCCCCUCCCUCCUACCCCCUGCCAAGUAUGGAGUACUUGCAGGCCAACGCAGACUCUCCCCUUGGAUCGUAGCAGCUUACGAUACCUGUGCAGCUCCCCCGGAAACCAGAAAGAGAUACAUUAAGCGAAACGCGGGAAUAGGAGAAGGGAAGAGAGAAAAUAAACAAUUAAUGAACAUAGAUGAGAAGGAGGAGAAGAGCAGAGGGAAAUAAGACACACAGGAAGCCAUGGUUUUGGACAUGAGGAAGCCAAACAGGAGGUGUGGUGGCGGAGUGGGCGGCGAUGGUGCUAUGGUGACCGCCCGCGCCCGCACCAUCACCGCGCUGCUUAUGGUGGCGGUCACGGCGGCCUCGUGUGCCGGCGCAUCGUCUCCGGAGUUUAGUGACGUCACAACCGAAGCAUCAGUGAUAACGACAGUGAAGUCACUCAGUGAUUUAAAUCUUAGUCCUAGUGUUAGUGUCAAUCAGCCAAAUAUUAGUGACUCUAGAACUAGCGGGGAAGACGUUAUCGCGCGAAAUGGUAUUGACGUUACAGUGAUAGGAAGCGACGUCAUAGUGAUAGAUAAUAGUGAAGUGACGACAGCGAAUAGUGAUGAGGCGAGAGACACUGUGAUGAUAGCGACCGUUGAUGACGUCACGAAUAACGAUGACGUCACAUCUGGUAGUGGGAUAGAUUUCAGCGUAACUGAUGACGUCACGACCACUAUGGUUGGGGAUUCAGAGAAUCUGGCGACCACGGACGACUCGCUCGACUCAGGGCUGCCCGCGACGACCACGCAGACUCACGCGGAGAUCGACGCCACGCCCCCAGGAAGCGGAAGCGAAGGGGAAGCCGUAGCCAGUGUGACGGGAAUCGAAGAAACUGUUCCCACAUUCGACGAAGGUGAGAAUGAGGCCUUUCGGACUCCCACUGACGCCGAAGCCGCGGCCACGCCCGAAGUCGACACUGAAGUCGCGCCUAAUGAUGAAGCUGAGGUCGUAGCCACACCACCUGAGACCACAACUAAUGAAGCCGAAGUCACUGCCACACCGGCUGAAGAUGACGUGGUUACGUCGCCAAACGAAGCCAAUGUCGUCGCCACACCGACCGACGCCGAAGUCGUUGUCACGCCAACUGAAAAUGAGAUCGUAACGACGAUGACCGAAGCUGAGGCUGUCGCGUCGCCAGCAGAAGCCGAAGUUAGUACGUCUGAUGAGGCCGAGGCUGCAGUCACGUCGUCCGACGCCGAGGUCGUCGACACACCAACUGCAGCCCAUGUCAUUACCACGCCAGACGAAGCCGAGGUCGCAGCCACACCAACUGAGGCUGACAUCGUGUCUUUCCCAACUGAGUUCGAACCUUCGAUUACAUCCAGUGAUGCUGAGGUCGCAGCCACACCAACUGAGAUUGACAUCGUGUCUUCACCAGCCAAGUCCGAAUCUGCAAUUACAUCCAAUGGUGCUGAAGUCGUAGCCAAACCGACUGAGUCCGAAACUUUAGCCACUACACCAGCUGAAGCCGAAGUCAUGGCCACGCUGACGGAGUCGGAGGAAGGCGUCCUGGUGCCCACCGAAGGCGAAGCCGGCGACGCGACGCCGACCCAAGGCAACUUUGUUACCGAAGGAGCGGUGGCCUUGCCAGCCCUGCCAGAGGAGGACGCGGGGCUAGACUUCGGGGAGGGAAUUGUGAAGGAGGAAGCGGCGAAUGAGGAGGCAGACGGAGGGGAGGAGGAGGAGGAGGAGGUAGUCGUGGUGGGCACGCUGGUGAGCACGGCCACUCUCCUGCACGAGGAUGUCCUCCUGCAGCACCACCUCUCGACGAGCCACCGCGUGCUGCGGACCGUGUCCGAGGAAUACCUGGGGCUGCAGGCGGCCGAGGCGCAGCGGGGCUUCCAGUCGCGCAGCCCCUUCUCCACUUUCAUGAGCGUGAACACGCGGCGCCCCUCGGAGCUGCGCCGCGCCGAGCCGGCCGACAUCGACGACGUCAUCCAGAAGAUCAUGAACUUCCUGGGCGGCGAGGCGCGGGUCACAGCCGCCCACAACCCCAACACGAGGCUCACCACCUUCGCGCUCAACCCCAUCCACACGCGCAUCAACGACCGCGGCCCCCCCAGGCUGCCCCUCGGCGGCCCGUCCUCAGCCAUCCUCACGCGCACGCCCAUCCUCGUCCCCGUCACGCCGCCCGUGAAUAGGCCGCCCGUGAUCCCUGAGAGGCCGCAGUUCGUGGCCAACACGAGGCCGCCCUUCUUGGCGCCGCUGCCGCCCUCGCUGGCCAGCCGCCCGCCCUACUCGCCGCCCAUCCAGAGGCCCUACGCCACGGGCAUCCCGCUCCCGGAGGACCUGCUGACGUCGGUGGAGGACGGCGAGGGCACGCAGGCCAUCCCCAUCAACCCCGUGUUCCCCGACUACGUGACGGAGCCGGCGGACGACGAGCCCGGGCAGGGGCAGGGGGAGGAGGCAGGGGAGGAGGCCACCUCUGAGGGGGUUCCUCAGGACACGGAGGCGCCCCAGACGGCCCCCUCUGCGAGCCCCGUGGACGUCGAGACGUCCGCGCCCGCGACGUCGGAACCAGCCAUCGUCGAGGAAACGAUUGUCCAGACAGUGACGUCAUACACGACCUCGUCCUUGACGCAGGAGGAGGGGGAGGAGGCCACUCAGCCACCCGCCCCGACUUCCACCAUUCCCGAAGACGACCUCGCCACCACGCAGUUGCCCCUCGAGCCCUCCUCUUCCUCGACGCCUCCCGCCCCCGCCACCUCGCCCCUCACGCCCCUCGAACCGUCCAUGCAGGAGUCCUCCUCGUCGUCCAUCCUCCCGACGCCCGUCACGGAGCAGGAGCCGCUCCCUGCCACCACGACGCCCGCCGCGGGCCACGAUUGGGCUCCCUCCUCGUCGUCGUCCCCUUCGUCCGUGAGCCUCCCCUCGUCUUCCUCCUUUUCCUCUCCUGCCGCCACAGUGACCCCUCCUCUGCAGCCACCGCCGACGUCCCCGCCGAGCCGCCCCUCUCCCCCCACCGCCCGCCCACGGCCGCCCUCCGCCCCAGCGCCGACCCAGCCGCGCCCCCAGCAGCCCUACUACCCCCAGGGGCGCCCGGGGGUCGUGCUGGACGACGCGCAGUACCGUCCGGGCCAGAUCAUCACGGGGACGGUGCAGGUGCCCUUCGGCGCGGGGGGAGGGCGCCCCGGGGACGUGUUUGACGUGACCGUGUCCGCCCACCAGAACUACGGCGGGGGCGUCGCGCUGCCUCCGCCGCCGCGAAACCCCUACCUGGGCCAGGGCCAGGUCGUCGCAGCUGACGGCCUCAUCACGACGCCGGCGGGGGGGCACGACGGAUUCGUGUCCAUCGACGGGAGGAAAACCUACUUCGACCUCAUUCCGACUGCUACUCAGGCGCAGGGACUCACGCAGCAAACCAUCGGCACGGGCGUCGGCUUCGUCGUGCCCGAGGAGGACCUGCCUCAGACGGGCAACGAGAGGCCCUUCCAGCGCCCGACGGCCCCCCUCGCACGCCCCACGCCCAACAGACCGCCCCCGCCGACCACGCCCACCGCUCCAACACGUCCCAAACCUGCUCCUCCCAGAAAGACCUACACCCGUAGGCCUACUCAGCCGCCCAUCAGAAUCGACACGUGCAUCGUGGGCGACGACAGCACCUGCCAGGAGCAGCUGAGCGAGGUGUGCCGGACGGAGGACGGCGUCUCCAGCUGCUACUGCCGGCCGGGCACCGACAGGAAGAGGCCGCGGACUCCGUGCAAGAGAAUGGUGUCCCUGAAGAUGGCGCUGAAGGUGGACCUGAUGGGGCAGCAGCGGCUCGUGUGGGGCGGCAGGUACAACGACCCCGAGUCCGAGGAAUACCGGAGGCUCGAGUGGGAGGCCACGCACGCGAUCGACAGCGCCAUGAGCAAGACCCAGAUGUCCUCCGCCUACCUGAGCAACACUGUGCACAAGUUCUACUCCCUGGGCGGCAAAGUGAUCGUCAACUCCACCAUCAACCUGGAGAGCACGCCUGCCACGCGCUCCCGCACCAUCCGGCAGGCGCUGCAGAGGCAGGUCAUUCAGGUGAUCCAGAGCCACGGCAACAAGAUCGGCGAGUCGGCGUUGUGGGUGGACGGCCCGCUCAACCCCGUGCCGGAAGUGGCGGAUAUCAAUGAGUGCAAUGACCCCAAACUCCACGACUGCCACAGUGAUGCCACCUGCGUCAAUGAGUUUGGCACCUUCACCUGCCGAUGCUUGCCUGGCUACACGGACAGAUACGUGGACGACCCGAUGGAGGUGGGGCGGCACUGCGAGUCCUGCUCCUCCGACUUCUGCAACAAGCGAGGGGAAUGCCGCAUCGAGGACGGGGAGAAAGUGUGCCAGUGCAAGGGCUCCUACUACGGCGCCCGCUGCGAGAUCGACGGCGAGGUGCUGGGAGUGGCCGUCGGAGCGUCGGUGGCGGCCGUCAUCAUCAUCAUCCUCACGCUCAUCUUCCUGUGCAUGUGGAGCCGACGAUGGAAAGCCCAGGACGCCAAGACGGAGGUCCUAGCAAGGGGCGCCGCUGCAGGGACGCUCUACGGAGGAGGGUUCGCCGUCAACGUGCAGAACAAGGGCAUGGCGAAUACAGGUCCCGCUGGCCAGUACGGGGUCACGCUGGAGGACAGGAUGCGGUGGGCACACAUCGCCGAGACGCUCACCAACCAGAACAUCUACGCGCCCCAGAGCUCAGAGCAGGGCGGCAGCAGCAGCAACGAGUACCUGACCGCCGGCGCCGUCCCCGCCACGGUCAACACCAACCCGUUCUCUAUGUAUAACCGCGUCACGCGCGCCCUGUCCAACUCGACCCUCGGCCGCAGGAGCGAGGGCAUCCUGGGGCGUCUGAAGAAGCUCGUAGGAGGCGGAGGCUCCUCCGCCGCGAAGAAGAACGCCGGCAUCCCUCCGUUCAUGAUGGCGGCGCAGCCAGGGACGCUCAACUUCCAGCAGCUGUUGGCUCUCCACGCCCAGCUCUCGGCUCAACCUGAACAGCUGAGGGGCAUGGCAGGGCCUUCCUCCCAGCCGACCAACACCACGACGCCGGGUAACCUGUACACGCACCAAAGACAGAUGGCUGCGGCUUCAUCUUCGGGCUACGCUUCCUUGGGGACACUAGGCUCGGCCGCGGCGGGUCAGUUCGGACAGCAGUACGCACCCGAACAGUUCGGUCUGCACCAGCUCAACCCCGUUAACCUGAUGGCCACGAUGCAACACCAGCAGCAGCAACAGCAGCAACAGAUGCAUCACCAACAACAGCAGCAAAAACAUUCUUACAUGAAUCAGAAACAGCCGUUCGGUAGUCAGUCGGUUUAUGGGCAAUUCGGACCUGCUUCGCUCAACACGCUUUCCCACGGAGGUGUUUCGCGCGCCCCGACCCUCGGCGCCCGCACGCCCAUCCCCCUACACGAGGGCGUGGGAGGGGCUGCCACCAUAGGACCCAUGGGCGGAGCCAGCGUCGCCACCACGGCGGGGAUGGGCGGCAUGGAGAGCUCCGAGGACGAGCUCGAGCGGCCGUACCAGCUGCCGAGGCCGAAGUCCCGAGGAUCUCUUGGGGAGUCCAGCGACAUAUACUAUGAGCCUGACGACCUUUUACGGACCAUAGGACCUCCUGACAGACCUCCUCCUCCUGUCCCGACCUCGUACCACCCACAGACUUACAAUUUCUCGUUUUUACACUGACUUAGAGAGCCCACGAGACUGGUGUGCUAGUCUGAAUAUGACGAUUGUUGUUAUUACUAUGAUUAUUAUUAUCAUUGUUGGGUAUUUAUUUGUUUGUGCUGUUUAUCAGAGGAGGAUUUGAUACCAUUUGCUUUAAUUAUUCGAUUUAAUUUUUUUUCUUGUGGGAUUUUGUUAUUGUGUCAAGACUGGUUCUUGUUUUUUUUUUAAAGUAAUUUCUCCAUGUCUACCUUUGUGCUUAUACUGAAUAGCACCAUGCCGAAUGACCUCAUAUGACUUACCUUUGACCCAGUGGACAGUUGCUCGGGUUCAGUGGUGAUGAUGCAACCAACUAGCACAAUGACAAUGACGAUUAAUCUGUUAUAUAUUAGGUACCAGACAUCUUGCUAGCAGACGAGACUCGCCCUUACCCCCUUCCUCCUUAAACGAGAAGAGGGAGGGGGCAAUGACUAUAUAACUUCAGAACAAAAGCAGAACGACUGACCUAGCGAUUCUUCAGCACGUCUGUCUGUUUAGUUGUCUGUGUGCUGCUCGUCUGGAGCUUCUGAUAGAUUUUAUUUUUCUGUUCUAAUCGAUUUAUGAUGUGCUGUUGCUGUAAGGGAAGAAUUUAUGCGCACAACGUGAAUGAGAAGCAAGAAAGAAAUCAAGGACAGUGUGCCGAAGGAACAGAUUUCAGUUGUGCUGAAGUCAAUACAACCAAACUGUUGGUGCUGUGAUACUAACGAUACUUCCAUUACGAAUAGGCAUCGGAAAACCAACUUUUUUUUUUAUAGAAUAUAAUAGGUUUUGAGUACUCACGAUACCCAGUGAUUUUCCUCACCGAUUCGAACGAGCUGCUUCUUGUCACUCCAGCCAACGAAUGUGAAAAACGACCGAGUGAAAAGAAGGCGAGAAACACGGAGAACUGCAUCUUCAUGUGAUCACAUUUCUCUUUGGUUAUGUUAUCAUUUACACUCACCGAUAUUAUUGUGCUGAUAUUAUUAUCACACUAAGCUUUAAAGUCUGACAUAGACCAAGCUUAGCAGAUUUAUGAUAUUUCAAGCAUCAUGUGGAUGUCUCUAUUUAUGUUACAUGUUUGUUUUAGUCUCUUGUUCUAUUUAUCUAUGUAUUUAUUUAUGUAUAUAAAUGUUUUAGUCUUAAUGAUGCUCAUUUUUCCCUUUAACCAAUAUUUCCCUUUUGACACAGAAAUGUGAUUGUCUUGUUAUAAAUUGUCUUUCAUCUUGUUGACACUGAAGACGAUUAGUUCCGAUAAAAUUAACAAAUAAGCCAAAUUCAGUAUUAUAUAUAUGCCUCACAUGACAGUGCCGUGUGUUUUACUGAUAGGUAUUGUUGCAAUUGGAUAGGUUAAUGUUGCAUACCUUGCUUUCUUCUUUUGUAACGAAGGCAUUUAAUCUGGAUUGGAAUAUGAGAACCUUCUGUGUUGUAUCUGUGUAAAUCCAUUCACACAUUCAUUUGUAUAGGAAUAUGUGUACCUACAUUACAUAUAUGUAUUGUUACUUGGUUUUGAAACUUGUAAUAUACUAUGUACUUAUUUUGCUUUCCUCCCCCCCUGUCGAUACAGAAGAUACGUAUAACCAAAAUUAAAAAAAUAAAAAGAUAUACAUCACCUUUUCAAAUACGAGCACAAAAUAAAAGAUAUUUUUAAUGAAGUCGUGAUAAUUUUUCAUUUGACGUCGCGGGUGAAUGACAAAUGCUCGUGUUAAAUAUCGUCUACAGUGUACCAUAUGAGGUCUCCAUCAUUAGGUCUCGUUGGUAUGCAUAUAUAGUCUAUGGACUUGCCAGUGAUAUGUAAUAAUACACUAAAUAUUUCUU